AUGAAUGAUUGCGUGUCGGUGACAAGAUCUUCACCUACCGUUGUCAUUAGAUCACCUGUAAUUGGGACAACUACUUCACCACCAAACAUAGACAUUAAAAAUAUUGCAGCUGUUACCCAUGAAGAAUUUGGCAGCCAUAAUUGCUCAAAAGGAAAGGAGCCUCACCUACCUCUAAGUUCUGAUGGCAAAGAAGGUUUCUUGGGUACAAGCCGACUCAGCUGUCACACAGAAACAAAUAACCACAUCUGUGUUACAUUGUCCUCGACAAAUGAAGACCUGUCAAACAAGCCACUUCUUAAGGAUGCCGUUGAUCAUAGACCCAAAGCAAGAUCUGGAUUUCAAGUUCCUGAUAUAACUGUCCCAGAUGGCAUCGCCAUCGCCUUUGAUGGUACUGGGUUCAAGUCUAGUGAGAAUUCUUCAGAAAGUUUAGAUUCACCCUGCUGGAAAGGUGCUCCAGGCUUUAAUUUUUCCCCAUUUGAAGUUUUUGAAGCUUCGGCUAAGCAGAGCCGUCCUAAAAAAAUAGAAGUUGGUUUAAAUCUUCAGGGCACUCAGAGUUUCCCUCACGCUUCCUUUCCAAAAUCCUUUGAAAAUAGUUUGCACAAUCAGAAUGGGCAUAUAGAUAAUGGUAUGUCACUUUUUCCACAGAUAACUCCAGAUACUAAUUGCCUGGUCAAAGAGCACAGGUCAGGCGAUGCUGUGAAAGCAGGAGAUCAGUGUCCAAAACUGGAUGACGGCAUAGGAGUUCUAUCUUCUGAUUUACCCUAUGAAUCAAAGGGUGAGUGUAACACUAAACCUUCUCACAGUGCGAAAGAGAGUCACGAAGAGGAAGAUUUUACAUGUACAAAGCUCAAGUUAUGUGCUGGUGUUGCAGAGACUCUGAUGAAUACAAAUGAUGCCUCAGAAGAUGGCCAUGUUCCAUUCCAUGUUGUGGAAAAUGUCUUAUCAUCUUCACCCUCUUCGGGAGAAGAUGCUACUAACCUUGCAAAACCUCAUGUGAUGGAAUCAACGCCCAAAAUGGGCAUUCAAUUUGUGGUUAAUGUAAUGCAUGACCUUUCAGAAUUGCUUCUAUUUUGUUGUUCCAAUGAUAUGUGGGGACUGAAAAAACAAGAUUGUGAAGCCCUUCAGCAUGUUAUCAACAGACUUGAUGCAUGCAGGUCAAGGAGGAUUAUAAAUGUGAUGCCACCUCAAGAAUCACUGUGUCCCCAGCAAGGAGCUUUUCAUGAAGUUCCCGAGUCAACUGAUCUUCAUAUGGGUGCCAGUGGAAGCCAGCCUCGGGUGACUAAUGAAGCAGCUGCAAAUUGGCAUGGUGCACUUGAUUUUCAACAUAUGUAUGAAAAGAAGAGGGGCAAAAAUGUUUCUGGUAAGAAAGUUGAGAAAUUUCCAGAUUUUGUUUCUUCGAGGGAUGAAGAAGUUUCUAAAGAUGAUAACAUGAUCCAGGCUAUAAAGAAGAUCCUUGAUGAGAAUUUCCAUGACAAGGAAGAAGGGCAGUCACCAACUCUCUUGUAUAAGAAUCUUUGGCUUGAGGCAGAAGCUGAAUUGUGUUCCAUUCGUUACAGAGCUCGCCUUGAUCGUAUGAAAAUAAGGAUGGACAAAAGCAAGUCAGACACAGAAAAAUGUGUGUCCGAAAAUACUACUGUUGAAGAGCAACAUUCAAGCGUGGAGGUUUUUCCUAAUCCAAACAUGCCUAGCACAUUAAGAUCUGAGGCGAAAGAAAGCCCAUCACUGAAAGACCCCAUCCAGGAUUUUCCUAGUUCUAGCUCAACCAGCCAUGUUGAUGAUGUUGAGGCUUCUGUCAUGACCAGAUUUAAUAUCCUAAAAUGCCGGGAUGACAAUACAAAUUCCAUUAACAGGGCAGAGCAACCACAGGCGAAAGAAAGCCCGUCACUGAAAGACCCCAUCCAGGAUUUUCCUAGUUCUAGCUCAACCAGCCAUGUUGAUGAGGUUGAGGCUUCUGUCAUGGCCAGAUUCAAUAUCCUAAAAUGUCGGGAUGACAAUACAAAUUCCAUUAACAGGGCAGAGCAACCACUGCCAGAGGUUGGUGACACUGGAUUUGCAGGUAAGAGAAACCAUUGGCCAUUUACUGAAUACCAAUCAAAGGAUGGAUGCUUGGAUUUGGCUGUGGGACCGCAUCUGGAGCAUGAGACUGGCAAUGGUAGCGGAGACAAAUUUGGGUCGUAUAGAGAUGGUUCUGAACAUCUAAUUGUCAGAGAGUUCCGUGCUUGUGUCAAGGAUGACUCAGUGAUCCAAUCUCAUAUGAACAAUAAGUUGGCUGACCAGUUUUUUGCUGGAUGGUAUGAUAACUCUGCAUCAGAUUGGGAAAAUGUGCUGAAGGAUGAGUUUGCAUUGCCAAAGUGA